UUGCCUGGUGUCUGUCCUAUGAAGAACUCAUGCGAAACUAAGUUCCCAAGAGGACUCUAGGCCCAAGGGGGUCAGGGAUUGGGGUCCAAGGGUUGUUUUCGUACUCAUCUGCCACUGAAAGAACUGUGGGCUGGAUUUUUGGUGACCCUCUUCAGGUGCAUCCCCCUAAACACCCCCCACCCCACCCCAUUAAUAAAUUGACUUCAUAAAUGUAGUUGCAUUCUAGAUGGCCGCAUUCCUAAGAUGAACUUAAAGCCUUUCAAACCAGUCACUUCGUUGUCUGGACAGGGGAGCCUUUUUCCUGUAACAGGAGAGCCUGUGGAACAGUUGAGGCUCCGCUUCUUUGGGGGUUAAACAUUCACUCUGAGUAAGGAAUUCUGUCUUUAGUGGGGCAUGUUCUUCAAGUGCCAGAGGAGAGAAGGGUGAUUUUUCUGACAUCCUCCAGCCUGCUUCUCCAUAUAUGGAAAUGUUUACCCACCACACUGAUCUAUUGGGAGGGAAGGAGGUGACUCAGGGUUUAGGAGAAGCAGGAUUUGAAUUCUUGCUUCCAGAAACAAAGUCGCCCCCUCCCCCCCACCCCUCCCCCUCCUUUCCUUUGCCCCUUGUUCUGGGAGCCUAGGAGAGAAGGUUUCAGUACUGUUCCCCUCGGGCCUGGGGACCACCUCUUUGCAGCGGGACUCAGGGUGUGUGAGAGAGAGUGAGGGCCAGCGGAAGGCCAGCUGCCUGUGGGGCCUGACGGCGCGUGGGAACAUUGAGGAAGCGGAACUGAAGACAGAAUCCAGUCCCCUGAUUCCAGUUCAGUGCUUUCUCUGUUGUUCUGCAGGACACUCAUCGGAGGGAAGAUAUCUGUCCGCAGUUGACACUAGCAUUGCAGUUUGCUGAACCUUGUGUCCACUGAUCAUUCCAAGAGCUAGCUGUCCAAGAUUCAACAAUGUCUCACCCAUCUUGGCUGCCACCCAAAAGCUCUCCUGAGCCCCUUGGCCAUGUGUCUGCACGGAUGGAGACCACCCAUUCCUUUGGGACCCCCAGCAUUUCAGUGUCCACACAACAACCACCGAAGAAGUUUGCCCCCGUCGUUGCUCCAAAGCCGAAGUACAACCCAUACAAGCAACCUGGCGGUGAAGGUGAUUUUCUUCCACCCCCGCCUCCACCUCUAGAUGAUUCCAGUGCGUCUCCAUCGGGCUCUGGGAACUUCCCUCCUCCACCUCCCCUUGAUGACAGUGCUUUCAGGGCACAGGGAAAUCCUGGAGGCAAGACCCUUGAGGAGAGACGCUCGAGCCUGGACGCUGAGAUCGACUCAUUGACUAGCAUCUUGGCCGACCUGGAGUGCAGCUCCCCCUACAAGCCUCGGCCUCCGCAGGGCUCUACUAGCUCAACAACAGCUUCUCCUCCAGUCUCCACCCCUGUCACAGGACAUAAGAGAAUGGUCAUACCAAACCAGCCCCCUCUGACGGCAACAAAAAAGUCUACAUUGAAGCCACAGCCUGUACCCCAGGCUGGACCCAUCCCCGUGGCUCCAAUUGGAACACUAAAACCCCAGCCUCAGCCCGUCCCAGCCUCCUACACUACGGCAUCUACCCCUUCAAGGCCUACCUUCAACGUGCAGGUGAAGUCAGCCCAGCCCAGCUCUCAUUACAUGGCUGCCCCUUCACCAGGACAAUUUUAUGGCACAGGACCAGGGGCCCAGGGCUAUAACACUCAACCAGUUCCUAUCGCUGGGCAGGGUCCACCUCCUUCUACACGGGGAGGCAUGGAUUAUGCGUAUAUCCCACCACCAGGACUUCAGCCUGAGCCUGGGUAUGGGUAUGCCCCCAACCAAGGACGUUAUUAUGAACCCUAUUGUGCAGCAGGGCCUGGCUAUGGGGGCAAAAAUGACUCUGAUCCUGCCUAUGGUCAACAAGGUCACCCAAAUACCUGGAAGCGGGAACAAGGCUAUACUCCUUUUGGCACCGGGAACCAGAACCCUGCUGGGAUGUAUCCAGUUGCUGGUCCCAAGAAGACCUAUAUCACAGAUCCUGUUUCAGCCCCCUGUGCACCACCACUGCAACAAAAGAGUGGACAAACAGGAUCCAUGGGGCCUCCGGCUGUCCCUUCCUCAUUCCGCCCUGAAGAUGAGCUCGAGCAUCUGACCAAGAAGAUGCUGUAUGACAUGGAAAAUCCACCCGCCGAUGAAUACUUUGGCCGCUGUGCUCGCUGUGGGGAAAAUGUAGUAGGGGAAGGUACAGGAUGCACUGCCAUGGAUCAGGUCUUCCACGUGGAUUGUUUUACCUGCAUCGUCUGUAACAACAAGCUCCGAGGGCAGCCCUUCUAUGCGGUGGAGAAGAAAGCCUACUGUGAGCCCUGCUACAUCAAUACCCUGGAGCAGUGCAGCGUGUGCUCCAAGCCCAUCAUGGAGCGGAUCCUCCGAGCCACUGGGAAGGCCUAUCAUCCUCACUGCUUUACCUGCGUGAUGUGCCACCGCAGCCUGGAUGGGAUCCCGUUCACCGUGGACGCUGGCGGCCUCAUCCACUGCAUUGAAGACUUCCACAAGAAGUUUGCCCCCCGCUGCUCUGUGUGCAAGGAGCCUAUCAUGCCAGCCCCCGGCCAGGAAGAGACUGUCCGGAUUGUGGCUCUGGAUCGCGAUUUCCAUGUUCACUGCUACCGGUGUGAGGAUUGUGGUGGUCUCCUGUCUGAAGGAGAUAACCAAGGCUGCUACCCUUUGGAUGGACACAUCCUCUGCAAGACCUGCAACUCUGCCCGCAUCAGGGUGUUGACCGCCAAGGCUAGCACUGACCUUUAAAUCCAGUCACCUAUUUAGCGGUUAGUUGGUGGCUCUGAGAAGGAUGAAACACAAGAAAAAAAAUAUAAGAAGAGAAAUAGGAAAAGAGAGGAAAGGCAAUUAAGCUAUGGGAUGGUCUCUACUUCAUCCACUAUUAACCUUCCUUUAGAAACACAUAGAGUAUGAGAUGUUUUAAAGUUCUCACCAAAUACACAUUUCACAUUUAAUCAUGUAGGACCUUGAUGGGCCUUUGUUCCCAAGGACUUGCACAUUUUUGCACGGAUUAUGCUCCAUCCCAUUCACUUCUGCAUUCCUUUAACUUUUAAUCCCUAUGUUUGUCUCACUUUUCAUCUGGUUGAAUGGCUUUUUUUAGUGUGGUAUUUGCUGUCACACAGCUUUUCCUGGGUGAGUUUGCCAACUCACAGGUGCUUUUAGGCUGAAGGCUCCAUCCUAUCACUUCCACAUUGCCAGUGAGCAUAAAAGAUAGCCAUUCUUUUUCUGUGUAUUGAAAAAUAGUUCUUUCUGUUGCCCUAAACUAGUCGUGUCCCUUGGGGGAAAAAAAUGCACAAUUAUAUGUCAGGCUAUAAAGAAUUUAAGCUGUAAAUUACAUAGGUUAAAAGAAGCCCUCAUUGAAUUUGCAGCCAUCCUAAUUCAAAAUCUAUAAUGACCAGUGUUUGGGGCUCAUUUGAAAAUAGAUACUGGUGAGAGAGAACCAAACUUCAAUAUUUUUCUAAAGAAAUUACAGAUAGGGUAUGCUGGAUAAAGCAUUUUGGGGUUAUAUUUGAAAAACUCAUUAUUACCCCAAAAUAUUAUCUUAAGAUUUUCCUUUUCCAUGCUACCUGGACAUAAUAAUAUGGACAAACUUGGUUUUCUCUAGAAUAUAACAUUUCCAAUACUGUUCUGCUUUUCAUGCCGGAAAUAUUGCCUUUUUUUUUUUUUUUAAAUAUCCAAACACAAGUACCAAAAUUGACUUUUUCUCUAGAGGAAAAUAGCUAUAAAGAGCGGUUUAAAAAUUUUUUUUUCCAGGCCCAGGUCCUUUUUGCCUGACAGUUGCAAAUCAGGGCACAUAAAAUUGUGUUAGUUUUGUGUAGUUUACUUUAAAAAGACAGGAAAGCUUGAAAAGAUUGUGAAACCACAGUCUCAUUAUUCUUAUAAUCCUUCUGCAACUCAAAUUACAUACUGCAGAAGACAUUUUCAUAUCAUCGAUGUGACAUUUACACCACACUUUCAAAGACAAUCACUGAAAAAAAAUUGCCUUUUUGAGCUAAAAAUAUGCAGUCUCUGCCUAGAAUCUUUAUUCAAACUCUUAUUGGGCAGUGAAAUGCUUACUUGCCAGCUCCAGGACCGCAUAUACUUUAUUACGUUUUAACAUGUUUCUUUUAAGGAAGGACACUUCUUUUAGUAGCAGGUUACUGUUUUGUAAACUAAUUAAGUAUCUUGGAUUAAGAUUAGUUAAAACUUUCUUCAAAUUUUUCACAAGUAUAUACUUUUAAAUUAUGAAGUACUUUAAAUAUAAACAAAAGUAUAAAUAAUAAUAUAAUGAAUCUCUGUGCCACCCAGUUUAAGAAAUCAAAUAUAACAAAUAUAGCUACAUUCCCCUGUAUACCCUUCCCUGAUUCCACAGAUAUUUUUUCAUGAUUAGAAAAUGACAACGUUUUCUAGUCUGACUUUUGUUUCUAAUUUUUAAUUUUAACACUCAGAAAUGAAAAAUUGUGCGUGUUUUGAAUUGCAACCCAGGCCUCAAGAGUCCCAGUUAAAUUUAUUUUACUUCAGUAGGAAUCAUCAUAAAGGUGGUUGAUUUUUUUUUUUUUUCUGUAAGAAGUUCUUAAGCUUAUAGCUCUUCUGAGUUAAUCUGUGGCUCAU